AGUGAUAAACAGACUCAGCUGCGCGUGAACCAGUUCAUUGAACGCCAGUUCUCAUUUUUAAAGAGAGAUUUGAUAAAAAAAUAAUAAAAUAAUAAUAAUAAUAUGACCAAUAGAAAUAAGUUAGUACCGGUCAACGUCUCAACCAAAACAAUGACCUUUACUUAUUGUUAAUAAACGACAGCAAUAAACACUUUCAAGGUUUUUUUUUUUUUUUUUUUCGUUGUCCACCAUGGGUCGUUAUUAAUGUAAGCGACCAGGUCACAGAGGAAAUAUUAGGAGGACGUCACCUUACAUGUUCAUUUAGUCCUCUGGGCUAGUGGCACACACCAUGUCGGAGGGAGAUACACUCACAGCGGAUGAUUUUUUCUCUCAGCUGCACCAGGAGAACGCCUUUUACGACACAGGUUCUUCUGGGGCUGAUGAUAUUUUUGAAGAAGACUCCUACUCUCCUUCCUCUCUCUCGUCUUCCUCCUUGCCAUCUGUCCCUCCAUCUACAUCCCACCAGGUGAAGAUCCCUUGCGCCUCCUGUGGGCAAGAAAUUGUGGACAGAUACCUUCUCAAGGUGAACGACUUGUGCUGGCACAUGACAUGUCUCGCAUGCAGCGUAUGUAAAACGUCACUGGGGCGACACGUGAGCUGUUAUGUGAAAGACAAACAGGUUUUCUGCAAACUUGACUACUUCAGGAGGUAUGGCACUCGUUGUGCACGUUGUGGCCGGAACAUCCAUUCUACUGACUGGGUGCGCCGUGCAAGAGGAAGCACCUUCCACUUGGCGUGUUUCUCCUGCUCCUCGUGUAAGCGGCAGCUCUCUACUGGAGAGGAAUGUGGACUGGUGGAGAACAGGGUCUUCUGUCGAAGUCACUAUGACAUAAUGAUGGAGAAUCUCAAACGUGCUAAGGAGAAUGAGCAACCCAAAUUGGACGAUGACCUGGCCAACCAAGAUGAUCCGAGUGCAAUUCCCCGACCAGCAAAGCGGGCCAGGACCAGCUUCACUGCUGACCAGUUACAGGUGAUGCAAACCCAGUUUGCUAAAGAUAAUAACCCAGAUGCUCAGACUCUGCAGAAGCUGGCAGAGAGGACAGGUCUUAGCCGCAGAGUAAUUCAGGUUUGGUUUCAGAAUUGCCGAGCUCGUCAAAAGAAACACAUUGGCCCAAUCCAGCCCUCUUCAGCCAUGAUGACAUCAUUUGGUCCUAGUCAGCUUACUCCACCUUUGAUGGAGGAUCUACAAUAUACAACCUAUCUUUCUCCUGACACACCACUUCUCACUACUCUGACUUAUAUGGAAGUUCAAACUCCGGACCAACUUUUGCUUCAGCCGCUCAUGUCAAAUUCACUGUCACAGCUCCCAAUCAGCCACUCCUGAAUACCAUUACAUAGAAAAUGAGUCUAAGAGGUUGAAGAAAUACUCUAGUGGAAAUCAAUUAUUUGUCUAUAAAAGUCUUUACAGGUGUGUAAGGGGUGAAUGGGUAACUACCGUAUAAGAUAAGAGCACUAAUCUUCCAAUAUCACUUGGUCACUGUAGAAAGAAAGAAUAAACUGGUAAAGUCAAUGGCUUGAUUUAACUUAUUCAUGGAGUCACAAGAGAAGUUGUUAAAAUAUUAAUGUUUUCAAGAUGAAACUUCUGUUUAUAUGUACGUUAUGAAUUUUUGUGUAUUUAAUUUAUCAGAAUAUAUGAAAUCUGGCACUUUGUUAUUGAAUAUAAAAUUACUUUAGUUUUAUAUGCAUUUGCUUUUGCUACGAAUGUAAAGAGAGGGUCAGCAGCUACAAUGUGGAAAUUAAAUGGUUUGAUUUUUCUUCGUAUUGAAACUGUCGGCAGUUACUGGACUAUAUCGCACUACAAAUUGAAACCACUGGAGAAUGUACCCGAGGAGAAAAUUACAUUUCUGUUUUUCUUUUUAAAACUGUAGAUCUGUACAAAGCAUGAGCAAUUAAUGGAACAAUAAAUUUAGGCUCUGUUUAUUUGGCAAAGAUUGUUUUAGAGUGCUAUAACUGUCGGCUAAUGUAUUCCAAGUGUCAAAUAUUUGCAUUAUAUAUAUUAAUGUAAUGUUCAGUUAGUUGAACAGGCUCUUUGGCUGCAGAUUCUUGCAGCAGACACAAAUGACAUUGCUUAAAAGGUUAAAUGUCACAGAGAAAUGGAAGCAUGGAUGUGGAAGAAAAGAAAAUUGUCAAA